AUGGCUAACGACGAGCGGUCAGAAGUGGUUGGAGUGAUCACUGCCGACGGUCUCAUCGACGGCCACAUCCGGACGCCCACCGAAGACUACUAUAUAGAGCCGGCGGACCGUUAUUUCGAUGAACAAGACUUUCACUCAAUUAUAUAUCCGCUUUCGGCGGUCGACUUCCCGGCCCGACUAAAUGAUGGCCAACGACAACAGCGACUGCACGAUAACAACGCAUACCAUGAAUACAGUGGCGAUACUAUUAUGAAGAGUGGCUCACAUGAGAGAGCUAUCGAUUAUGUGUUCAGUCAAUUAGCCGACCGUUCAUUGAAUAAGAAAACAAAAAGCAAAACAAAUACGAGAGAAGAGGAGGAGAAGGAAACGAAUGGCAUCGGAGACGACACGACAUCCACGACAACGACGACGACGUCUACCACCAGAAGCGGAAGAAUGGGUCGCAAAACUCGAGUCAAACGACAAGAGAGUAAUCAAAUUAACGGACAGACAGUGGAAGUGAGUUAUGAUGACAGCGAAACUCAUGGAAACCGUAUUAAAGGGGAGGGAAAGCCGUACUAUUGGAGAGACAAGGAUUCGCUGCACUACACAGAGUCGGAGCCGUAUGGCGUGCGGGCCGUCCACCGGACCCACUGGACAGACGACCGGCACGACAGGCAUGUGGUGAUCGACCCGAAGAAGACCACGUGUAUGCUCUACCUUCAGGCGGACCAUCUCUUCUACGAGAAAAUGGGUUCAGACGAGGCCUGCAUUGAGGCCAUGACUCGACACGUCCAGAAAGUGAAC